GGGGGGGAGAGAGAGGGAGAGAGAGAGAGAGAGAGAGGAGAUUCAUAGUUCCUCCAUGGACUCUCUGAUCGAGUCUGUAAGCUGUUGAUCUCUAGCUGCUUCGUUGCUCCGUCGUCCGAGCUAUUUUUUUUUCUGCUAAGUUAUUGGGGGUAAAGAUCUGGAAGUUUGGACCAGCUAAGUGAGGCGGAUUAAGUCCACGCGAUGUCGUCUCUGAGCAGGGAGUUAGUUUUCUUAAUCCUGCAGUUCCUGGACGAGGAGAAGUUCAAGGAGACGGUACAUAAGUUGGAGCAUGAAUCUGGCUUUUUCUUCAACAUGAAGUAUUUUGAGGAUGAGGUGCAUAAUGGUAACUGGGAUGAAGUGGAGAAGUACCUCUCUGGUUUCACUAAGGUUGAUGACAACCGGUACUCCAUGAAAAUUUUCUUUGAAAUCAGGAAGCAGAAAUAUCUGGAAGCAUUGGAUAAGCAUGAACGAGCUAAGGCUGUGGACAUACUCGUGAAGGAUCUGAAAGUGUUUGCCUCAUUUAAUGAGGAUCUUUUUAAGGAAAUUACACAGCUUUUGACAAUGGAAAACUUUAGGGAAAAUGAACAACUUUCGAAAUACGGGGAUACAAAAUCAGCAAGGACGAUAAUGCUAGUUGAGCUUAAGAAACUAAUUGAGGCAAACCCAUUGUUCCGCGACAAAUUGCAGUUUCCGAACCUAAAAAGUUCGAGAUUGCGUACGCUCAUUAAUCAGAGCUUGAACUGGCAACACCAACUCUGCAAAAACCCAAGGCCCAAUCCUGAUAUAAAAACCCUUUUUGUUGAUCAUUCUUGUGGACAACAGAAUGGUGCACGUGCCCCAUCUCCAGCCAGCAACCCCCUUCUAGGAUCCAUGCCUAAAGCUCCAGGAGCUUUUCCUCCGCUAGGUGCUCACGGGCCAUUUCAACCCACACCAGCAUCAGUUCCUAUGCCCCUUGCUGCUUGGAUGUCAAAUCCACCAGCUGUGACUCAUCCUGCAGUUUCUGUUGGCCCCAUGGGAUUUGCAACUACUGCAAACCCUUCAGCAAUCUUGAAGCAUCCUAGAACCCCUCCAAACAAUCCAGCUAUGGAUUACACAUCAGGAGAUUCUGAUCACAUAGCCAAGAGAAGUAGGCCUAUUGGGAUCUCCGAUGAGGUUAAUCUGCCUGUGAAUGCAUUGCCGGUUGCUUUUACUCAGAACAACAGUCAGAAUAUGUAUAAUCCAGAUGACUUGCCAAAAACCGUAACCCGAUCACUAAAUCAGGGCUCCACUCCCAUGAGCAUGGAUUUCCAUCCUAUUCAGCAAACUAUACUUCUUGUUGGCACGAAUGUUGGUGAUAUUGGGUUGUGGGAUGUCGGGACGAGGGAGAGACUGAUCCACAAGUGUUUUAAAGUUUGGGAACUUGGAGCGUGCUCCAUGCCCCUUCAGACUGCUCUGGUUAAAGAACCAGAUGUGUCAGUUAACCGCAUCAUAUGGAGUCCAGAUGGAAAUUUGUUUGGUGUUGCUUACUCCAAGUAUAUUGUACAAAUAUAUUCCUAUUAUGGUGGUAAUGAUAUUAGGCAGCACUUGGAGAUUGAUGCUCAUGUUGGAGGGGUUAACGAUAUUGCAUUUUCAACCCCAAAUAAGCAGCCGUGCAUAGUAACUUGUGGAGACGAUAAACUGAUUAAGGUAUGGGAUGCAACUACUGGGGCAAAGUUAUACACGUUUGAAGGGCAUGAUGCACCUGUAUAUUCUAUUUGCCCUCAUCACAAGGAAAACAUUCAGUUCAUUUUUUCAACGGCAUUAGAUGGGAAAAUAAAAGCUUGGUUAUAUGAUAAUCUGGGAUCGAGAGUUGAUUAUGAUGCACCAGGACAUUGGUGCACAACCAUGGCAUAUAGUGCUGAUGGUUCAAGACUUUUCUCAUGUGGAACAAGCAAAGAAGGUGAAUCACAUAUUGUUGAGUGGAAUGAAACCGAAGGGGCUGUAAAGAGAACGUAUCAAGGGUUCCGUAAACGUUCCUUGGGUGUUGUGCAAUUUGAUACCACCAGAAACAGGUUUUUAGCUGCCGGUGAUGAUUUCUUGAUUAAGUUCUGGGACAUGGACAACACCAAUCUCUUGACAACUGUUGAUCUUGAGGGUUGCCUCGUUGCAAGUCCAAGGAUUCGCUUCAACAAAGAGGGUUCCUUGUUGGCUGUUUCUACACAUGAUAAUGGCAUUAAAAUAUUGGCUAAUGCUGAUGGAAUAAGAUUGCUUCGCACAUUUGAAAAUCGAACUUUUGAUGUUUCGAGGACAGCUUCAGAAACUGUGAUGAAGCCAAUAGUAAAUCCUCUUUCUGCUGCUGCUGCCACAAAUGCUGCAUCUGUCUCCAGUGCUGCAACAACUGAUAGGUCCUCUGCAGUGGUUACGGCUGGAACGAAUGGAGAUGCAAGGAAUUUGGUGGAUGUGAAGCCUAGAUUGACUGAUGAGCUCAUGGAUAAAUCAAAGAUCUGGAAGCUGACUGAAAUUAGUGAACCAACUCAGUGCAGAUCCCUGCGGCUGAUGGAUAACCUGAGAUCAAGCAAGAUACGCAGAUUAAUAUAUACAAAUUCUGGUGUUGCCCUUUUGGCUUUAGCAUCCAAUGCCAUUCAUCUACUUUGGAAGUGGCCACGGAAUGAAAAGAAUUCUAGUGGGAAGGCAACAACAAGUGUUCCUCCUCAACUAUGGCAACCACCAAGUGGUAUAUUAAUGACUAAUGAUACAACAGAUACAAAUCAAGAGGAAGCCGUCCCAUGCUUUGCUCUAUCAAAGAAUGACUCCUAUGUCAUGUCUGCCUCAGGCGGAAAAAUUUCUCUAUUCAAUAUGAUGACGUUUAAGGUUAUGACAACUUUUAUGCCCCCACCACCUGCUGCAACAUUUCUAGCAUUCCAUCCUCAAGAUAAUAACAUAAUUGCAAUUGGAAUGGAUGACUCAACUAUUCAAAUUUAUAAUGUCCGGGUUGACGAGGUUAAGAGCAAACUUAGAGGCCACUCGAAAAGAAUUACUGGUCUCGCCUUUUCACAUCCGCUAAAUGUGCUGGUCUCAUCUGGUGCUGAUGGUCAGCUUUGCGUAUGGGGUACCGACGUAUGGGAAAAGCUGAGGAGCAGGUUUUUACAAAUUCCUCCUGGCCGAACACCUACUGCUGUUUCAGAUACACGUGUCCAAUUUCAUCAGGAUCAGAUUCAUUUCCUCGUCGUACAUGAGACCCAGAUUGCCAUGUACGAGGCAAAUAAACUGGAAUGUAUGAGACAGUGGGUACCUCGUGAGGCUUCUUCUCCAGCAAUCUCCCAUGCCAGCUUCUCCUGUGAUAGCCAACUGAUAUAUGUGAGCUUUAUGGAUGCUACUGUAUGCAUUUUUAAUGCUUCAAACUUCAGACUUCAAUGCCGGAUAAACUCAAGUACUUAUCUUCCAGCUAAUGUUAGCUCCAAUGUCUAUCCUCUUGUGGUUGCUGCACACCCAUCCGAGCCAAACCAGUUUGCCUUGGGGCUAACCGCUCCCACCCCGGCCCUUGAACCGCUCGAAUCCGAAGGAAAAUGGGGUGUUCUGCCGCCUACCGAGAACGGGUCAACAAGCAGCCUACCAUCAUCAGUUCCAACUGGAAUCUCCGCUUCCGAACAGCGAUGAUUAAACAAAAGUAAUCUGUGGAUCAUUCUUUUCCAUGUGAUCUUCAUCUGGAAGGGCCCUUCUAACAGUGUUCCGACUUUUGGACUACAUAUGCUGUUGCUCUGAAGGAACCGGAUGCUUGACAUGAAGCUCUCCUUUCUCCCUCUUCCUCUCCCUGUAAGCAAGGUUCUGUUACAAGCACAGUUUAUAUUAUGUAUGUACUUCAACGUAAAUAGGGUGGAUAUAUUAAUUUAUAGUGUUUUUUUAUUUUUUAUUUUGAAAUGUUGCAAUGAACUAUUAUUGCAUCAAAUUGUAGUUUUUUGUUGAAA